AUGAGGUACAACUACCAUGUUUUGCAGCGGGCGGCACGUAAAUUGUCCUGGACCCAACCUACUUUCCAGUCCGCCACACCGAUCCGCAAUACCAGCAGACAAGGUGAUACCAAGGCCUCUCGUCUGAGCUUAAAUGAUGAUAACAAACCAUCCCGUCCUACAUCCUCUGUAAGGAGCCAAUUGACACAUAUCCCAUCUCCCAAAGACCGUCUCUUCCCUGCUCCUUUGGUCAUUCCAAUCAGCUCUCCCCAUCUCACCUCGCCAGCCCAAAAUUAG